AUCUAAAUUGCGGUGAGAAAAUAAUUUGGUGGUGGGAGGUUACCGACUGUUGAAAAUGUGGCACAUUUGACAUCUUUUGAAUGGUGGAAAUUUAGGUAUGGUUAGAGGGAAGAUCAAACAUAGUUUUCUAGCGAGAAGAUAACCCGAGACUGCGUUGAGUUCCAUUUGCUGGUUCCGACUUCAAGUGAUAUUUGAAAGCUGAAAAAUGAUUGGAGGGUUAUUUAUUUAUAACCACAAGGGAGAAGUCCUGGUGUCUCGAGUGUUUCGGGACGACAUCGGAAGGAAUGCAGUCGAUGCGUUCCGAGUAAAUGUCAUUCACGCGCGACAGCAAGUACGAAGUCCAGUAACAAACAUAGCUCGCACCAGCUUCUUCCACAUCAAGAGGAGCAACAUUUGGCUGGCUGCCGUCACGAAACAGAAUGUCAAUGCUGCUAUGGUGUUUGAAUUCCUACUGAAGAUGGUAGAAGUGAUGCAGUCGUACUUCGGGAAGAUAAGCGAAGAGAACGUGAAAAAUAACUUUGUGCUUAUCUACGAGCUUCUGGAUGAAAUACUCGAUUUCGGGUACCCUCAGAAUACGGAUACUGGAAUUCUGAAAACCUUCAUCACGCAGCAGGGCGUGAAGUCCCAAACGAAAGAGGAGCAAACUCAGAUCACAACGCAAGUCACGGGUCAGAUCGGUUGGCGUCGCGAGGGCAUAAAGUACCGAAGAAACGAGCUCUUUCUGGAUGUUCUGGAAUAUGUAAACCUUUUAAUGUCUCCCCAGGGCCAGGUGUUGAGUGCACACGUGGCAGGGAGGGUCGUUAUGAAGUCGUACCUAUCUGGAAUGCCAGAGUGCAAAUUCGGUAUCAACGACAAGAUCACCAUGGAGAGCAAGGGGAAGAGCAGCACGUUAGAUGAUCCCAGUCGAAGCUCUGGAAAGACAUCGAUAGCCAUCGAUGACUGCCAGUUCCACCAGUGCGUCAAAUUGAGCAAAUUCGAGAGUGAGCACAGCAUCAGCUUCAUACCUCCCGACGGAGAAUUCGAGCUAAUGAGGUACAGGAUCACGAAGGAUAUCAGCUUCCCGUUCCGUAUCAUCCCCCUGGUGAGAGAAGUGGGCCGCACCAAGAUGGAGGUGAAGGUCGUGCUGAAGUCCAACUUCAAGUCUUCUCUCAUCGGACAGAAGAUAGAAGUGCGCAUCCCGACGCCCCUGAACACCAGCGGGGUUCAGCUCAUAUGCAUGAAGGGCAAGGCCAAAUACAAGGCGAGCGAAAAUGCGAUCGUUUGGAAGAUCAAGCGCAUGGCCGGCAUGAAAGAAACGCAGUUGAGUGCCGAGAUCGAACUCUUGCAGACGGAUACCAAAAAGAAGUGGAAUCGGCCUCCCAUAUCCAUGAAUUUCGAAGUACCGUUCGCUCCCUCUGGUCUUAAAGUCAGGUACCUAAAAGUGUUUGAACCUAAAUUGAACUAUAGCGAUCACGAUGUCAUAAAAUGGGUCCGUUACAUCGGCAGGAGUGGCCUAUACGAAACCAGAUGUUAACAUUCAAUUUAGGUAUUGCAUGCUAUUUGGAUGUGUGUUAGAAUGUGUAUGUUAUAUUAUGGAAAAGUAUAAACUUAUGAGAUUAACUCAAUUAUGUGCUAUUAUAUGAAAGUGUUCUAACAGUGUAUUGUAUUAAUGUUGUUGCUAAAGAAUUUUCAGUCUGUUACUGUAAGCACACAAUGUUUAGUGUUAGCUUCACUCUUGUUAUAGCAAUAAAGUAUAAAAGAUGUUUUUCCUCAAAUUUUAAUUUUAUUUAAAUUUCUGUAUCUUUUUAUUAUAAUCUUUUACUGUUUUUUAAAGUACAAACAUUCCAAGCCUUGCCAGUGUAUAUUAUAAAGUGAAUUUAAUUUCUUUCUGAAGACUUGUCUUUGUUGACAAGUUAUUGGAUUAUUGGUUGGAGGGCCAAUAAUUGUUUGCCAAAAAUUUCAAAUUCAAAAAAUUGCCGAAGACUUGUGGACUGCUUUCAUUUUAAAACUUGAAAGGAAAAAAGUAAACCAAUGAUGGUUUUGCUAUCGGUUAAUGUAAUGUUGCUAAUAUUUCAUCCGCGUCUUUAAAAGCAUUGUAGUAGGAAGCUAGUGAUUGUUGCGUGACAUGUAGUCAUGCUUUAAUAUUCUAUCAAAAAUUAUAUUACAUAUACUUGUGUUAGUAUUGAUAUUAAAAUGUUUGAAUAUAAUUCAGAUUUGUAACCUAUUUUAGUGCACUUUCAAACAUUUGGAGGAAACUAUUUUGACAGCCUUUUUUUUUUCUUUUCUAACAACUGAACAAAACCAAAAGUUUUCUUUUCAAGUGCUUAGGGAAACUGAAAAAAAAUCUGGCUAGCAUUGGUAAAAUUGCUUUAGGAAUUUUCUUCCCGACUUGAUUGAUAUUUAAGAACUAUGUGAUUCAUUUAACCUAAAUUUGAUGAAAAAGUGCCUUUUUUUAUAACUCAAAUUAAUUCCCCUUAGAUAAAAUACCGUGUUAAAUUUUAUUCAAUUCAAAACCUGGGAAUUUUUCUUUCAACAAACAUACUGUAGUGAUGUAGACCACAUUCCAGUUUUUUAUAUUAAGUCCACUUUUUAGAUACAAUGUAUCAACCCUUAAAAUAUAAAAUUAAAUGAGGAAUAAAAAGUUCGUAGGAAAAAACUUGUGACUACAAUAGUUUCUAAUGUGUGAUUUUAAAGAAAGGUCUUGCUUUGUUUUUUUAUUCACUUCGUUAGAUAUCCAUUUCAUAUGUACAUAUCCAGCUAGAAAUUAUGUCUGUUAAAAUUUGUUUCAUUUCAUAUGUUGAAUAUUUUUAAGAUUGUUAUAAAAUGAAAUGUAUAAUUUCUAUUAUGUUUUAUAUCCUUUAAAAUAUUUAAUGCAUUUGCAGAGUUCUCAGAUUUUCUUUAAAAUUUCUUCUCAAAGGUAUUUUGUUCACAAAAACGACUUGCUGCAUAAACUUGCAUUUAAAAUUAAAGUUAUUUAACUAUGUGAUCAUUAAUUUUCCAAAAAUUUAGUGUAACCUAAUAAAAUUUUUAUUCUGAA